AUGAUCGCUUGCCGGGCCGGUCCCGACGUGAAGACCGCCCACAUGGGCGCCCCAGACCUUGGUCAGUCGUUGUACCUGCUCGUUCAUCACCUAGUACCCAGAUGGCUCUCCCAACUCGAACAUUGGCAGUUGCAUUUUCAAAUGGACUCCGAUCCUUACGGCAUUCCAGUUCGCAGCCAAAGGUAUGUUCAGUGUUCUGUUUCAUUGUUUCAUCAAAAACUGCCUUUCAAAUGUGUUUACGACAAGAAAACACGAAGUAAACAAUUCGGGAAUGUUUCAUCGAGCGGGUCGUUGUGA